AUGAACACCAUCGUCUUCAACAAGCUCAGUAGCCAAGUGCUUUUCGAGGACAGCGGCGCCAAGGACAGGGAGCGGGGUGGUCGACCCUACAACGGGGUCCUGGAUGGGACCCACCACCACCACCCGGAGGUGGUCAUCCCUGACAGCCCGUCAAUCAAAGAUAACCUCAGUCUCAGACACAGGAGGACAGGGGCUCGGCAGAACGGAGGGAAGGUGAGGCACAAGCGGCAAGCCCUCCAGGACAUGGCGAGGCCCCUCAAACAGUGGCUUUACAAGCAUCGGGACAAUCCAUACCCCACCAAGACUGAAAAAAUCCUCUUGGCCUUAGGCUCCCAGAUGACCUUGGUGCAGGUGUCAAAUUGGUUUGCUAACGCAAGACGUCGCCUUAAGAAUACCGUCCGGCAACCGGAUCUGAGCUGGGCUUUGCGAAUAAAACUCUACAACAAAUAUGUGCAAGGAAAUGCAGAAAGACUUAGUGUGAGCAGUGAUGAUUCAUGUUCUGAAGAUGGAGAAAAUCCCCCAAGAAACCACGUGAACGAAUCAGGGUAUAAUAACCCAGUUCACCAUGCAGUCAUUAAAACAGAGAGCUCUGUGAUCAAAACUGGAGUGAGACCAGAGCCCGGCCCCAACGAGGACUACGUGUCACCCCCCAAAUACAAGAGCAGCUUGUUGAACCGGUACCUUAAUGACUCUUUGCGACACGUCAUGGCCACAAAUGCAGCAAUGAUGGGGAAAACGAGACAGAGAAACCAUUCGGGGUCAUUUAGUUCCAAUGAAUUUGAGGAAGAGCUCGUGUCUCCAUCAUCAUCAGAAACUGAAGGCAACUUUGUCUAUCGAACAGACACUCUGGAAAAUGGAUCCAAUAAGUGUGACAGCGCAGCUAACAGAAAGGGGGCAAGCAAAGAUGAAACCUACUGGAAGGAGAUCAAUGCAGCUAUGGCCUUAACUAAUCUUGCACAGGGAAAAGACAAACUGCAGGGUACCACCAGCUGCAUCAUUCAGAAAUCAUCACAUAUAUCAGAGGUCAAGACUGUUAAAGUGCCACUAGCCCAACAAUUUUAAGCGCUUGCUAACUGUGGGAUCCAAUGGACAUUCCUCACGCCAUUUUUAUUUCUGUAAAGUCAGAACCCGAGACCUGGAGCAAGCAUCGAAAACCGUUCCCUUCCCGACAUGGUCAGUAAAGCAGUUACUCCCU